UUUUUUAAAUUGAGAAAUAAAAAAAAAAUUGAUUGCUUUGCAAAGCGAUGCCAACAGUAAGAACCGAAAAAAAGCGCAUAACGCCAUAGUUUUUUAUUUUGCAGAGUUCAUCAAACAAACAAAAAUCGAACCCGCGUUCUCCAAUUACACACCCUCCAAAAAAAAAUUGCACUUUAUUUUGCUUCAUUUUCACCCCACAAUUUAUGGUUUUCUUUUUUUUUUUUUCCAGAAAAUACCAAGGGUUACAUAGAUGUUAUGUACAGAUUUUAAAUGUGUCUUUUGUAAAUGAAAGUGCUGAUCAAUAAUGCGUUGAAGCUGAACAAGUUCAAUUUUUGAUACUAUGUUUUGAUUCCCUGGAUCCAACGCACUCGCUUCAUUAAGCGGCAGAGAUGGCGUGGUUUAGUACGAACAACACAUGGCGUAGCUUCCCGGAUUUGGCGGGAGCCGUGAAUAAGCUUCAGGAGAGUGUGAAGAAUAUCGAGAAGAAUUUCGAUAGUGCUCUCGGGCUUGAGGAGAAUUCUGAAUCCAGCAAUGAAGCUUCAGGGUCAUGGACUUUACGCCGAGAUCCAAAAGCAUUGUUUAAUCCUGUUAUGGCAUUUAUGGGGAAUAAUGGUGAGGAAAACACUGAUGAAAAAUCAGAACAACUAGAAUCCCCUCAACAAGAAUCUGAACCUAAGAAAUCAUUGGAUAAACCGGUGUCUCCAGAUGAUGUACCUGUUGCUGAGAAAAAGGAAACCACUGUUGCUGAGGAAAAAGAAGGAUUCCAAAAUGAUAGUGCAGCAGUUGUUACUACUGAAGAAACUACUGCUGCUGAGAAAAAAGAAGGAUUGCAAGACGAGAAUGCAGACCUUGUUACUACUGAAGAAACCCUUGGUGAGAAAAAAGAAGGAUUCCAAGAAGAUAAUGCAGCCAUUGUUACUACUGAAGAAACCGCUAUUUCCAAGAAAAAAGAAGGAUUCCAAAAUGAUAACGCAGCCCUUGAUACUGCUGAAGAAACCACUGGUGUGGAAAAAGAAACCAUCGUCGCUGAGGAAAAGGAAGGAUUGGAAAAUGAUAAAGCAGCCGUUGUUACUACUGAAGAAAUCACUGAUAAGAAAAAAGACACCACUAUUGCUGAGAAAACUGAAGGAUUCGAAAAUGAUAGCACAGCCGUUGUCAAUACUGAAGAAACUGCUGUUCAAGAAGUGAAUGAAGCAGAGAAGGUAGAAGAAGAAGGUGGUGUACAGAUGGAGUCUGCAGAUGAAAACACAACCUAUGCCACAGCUGACAAAACAACUGUCUUGGAAAAGAAUGAAGUGCUUAAAGUAGAAGUAGAAGAUGGUGAGCGGAAAGAAUUAGCAGAUGGAACAACUAUUCAGAAUUUGGACCAUGGAAGUGAAGAACACCAACUACCUGAGAUGCCUGUUGAUUUGUCUGAACUCAACAUCCAGCAUGCUAAGAGUUUGGAUCCUGAUCCUGCUGUCAUUAAUCAAGAAAAUGAGAUUGCCGAAGCGAGAACUACCGAGAGUUUAUUGUCAAUGCAACCCAUGCCUGUUAAUCUUGUAGAGGAUCAAGUUGAGGGUAGUACGAGUGAUCCUGGUGAGUCACAAGGUAUGAGUGAUGUGCAACAAAAAAAUCAAGUGGAGGCAAAUGAGGAAAGUAAAGAAGAGAGGGUGCAAGCAGAAGAAAGUGUGGAGAGAGUUUCUUCCAUUCAACCUGAGAUAUCAGGUGAUAGCGACAAAAAAGACAAUGCUGAUACUUCUGUUGCACAUGCUAUGGCUGUUGAGGAAAAUGAUGCUGCCAGGCAUUCACAUAUUGAAAUUUUGUCCAGCUUUAGUCCAUCAAAUGAAUCUUCUGAGGUGGUAUCUGAAUUAAGUUUGCAUGAAAAUGAAGCAACUCAUGAAGCAAAGGAAGUAUAUCAUAAAGUCAAUGAUGUCAAAACCGAUACUAGAGAGCAGCAUUUGCAGUCUGUUACAAAUAUGUCUGUCUCAGAUUCUAUGCUUGAAGUGGAGAGGCUGAAGAGGGAUAUGAAAAUGAUGGAAGCUGCACUUCAAGGUGCUGCCAGGCAAGCUCAGGCUAAAGCGGACGAAAUUGCAAAAUUAAUGAAUGAAAAUGAACACUUAAAAGGCGUGAUUCAGGAUUUAAAGAAAAAAUCCAAUGAUGCAGAGAUGGAGCAUUUGCGAGAGGAAUACCAUCAGAAGGUUGGAACUCUUGAGAGAAAGGUGUAUGCUCUCACGAAGGAAAGGGAUACGCUUCGACGGGAGCAGAAUAAAAGAAGUGAUGCUGCUGCUCUCUUGAAGGAAAAAGAUGAAAUAAUUACUCAAGUUAUGGCAGAAGGUGAAGAGCUUUCCAGAAAGCAGGCUAUUCAAGAAUCGACAAUCAGGAAAUUAAGGGCUCAGAUUAGAGAACUUGAGGAGGAGAAGAAAGGUUUGGCUACUAAACUUCAGGCAGAAGAGAAUAAAGUAGAAAGUAUCAAAAGGGACAAGAUGGCUACUGAGAAUUUGUUACAAGAAACAAUGGAGAAGCAUCAAGCAGAGCUCGCAACACAGAAAGAAUAUUACAGUAAUGCUUUGGCAGCUGCUAAGGAGGCUGAAGCAUUAGCAGAGGCACGUGCCAACAAUGAAGCAAGAACUGAGCUAGAGAAUCGUCUAAGAGAGGCUGAGGAAUCAAUAAGCAGAAAAGGGGCGAUUCACAGAUGUAGAAUAGACGUGAGUGGAUCUAGUGCAAUCUUCAAAGAAGAUAUGCUCCGCAAAGACAUUGAGGAUCUUAAAAAGCGCUACCAGGCAAGUGAAAGACGGUGCGAGGAACUGAUUAUGCAAGUUCCAGAAUCCACAAGGCCACUUUUGAGGCAAAUUGAAGCCAUGCAGGAAGCAAACUCCAGAAAGGCAGAAGCUUGGGCUGCUGUUGAAAGAAAUCUCAGUUCUAGACUUGAGGAAGCAGAAGCUAAAGCUGCCGCCACCGAGGAACGUGAGCGUUCGGUGAAUGAACGCUUAUCUCAAACCUUGUCCCGAAUCAAUGUUCUUGAUGCUCAGAUUUCAUGUCUUAGAGCCGAACAGACUCAGUUAAAUAGGACACUUGAAAAGGAGAGACAAAGAGCGGCAGAAAGUAGGCAGGAGUACCUUGCUUCAAAGGAGGAUGCCGACACCCAAGAAGGUCGUGUAAGAAGGCUUGAGCUAGAGAUCAGGGAACUCAGGCAGAAACACAAGAAAGAGUUACAGGAUGCAUUGGUGGAAAGAGAAUAUCUGCAGCAGGAGAUAGAGAAAGAAAAGGCAGCUCGGUUGGAUCUGGAGAGGACUUCUCGUCUUCAUUCUGCUCAAUUAUCCGAUCAAAGAAUGACAACAAAGCAAAAUUCUGCCUUUGAGAAUGGCAACCUGUCUCGGAAAGUCUCUAGGUCAAGCUCGCUGGCAAGCAUGGGAGAAAGCUACUUUCUGCAAGCAUCAUUGGACUCAUCUGGGAGUUUCUCCGAGAGGAGAAACUCUGGAGAGGGCAUGAGUCCUUACUAUAUGAGGAGCAUGACACCCAGUGCUUUUGAGUCAGCACUUCGUCAGAAAGAGAACGAACUUGCUUCAUACAUGUCACGAUUGGCAUCAAUGGAAUCUAUUCGUGAUUCUCUGUCUGAGGAAUUGGUCAAAAUGACGGAACAGUGUGAAAAGUUGCGCGCAGAGGCAUCUAUGUUACCUAGUGUAAGAGCAGAGCUAGAUGCACUGAGGAGGAGGCACUCUGCUGCGUUGGAGUUGAUGGGCGAACGUGAUGAAGAGCUGGAGGAACUUCGCGCGGAUAUCGUGGACUUGAAGGAAAUGUACAGAGAACAAGUCAACUUACUUGUUAGUAAGAUUCAAAGGAUGAGUUCAUAAAUAGUGGCUAACUGAGCUGAAAGAAAGCUUAGCAUGUAGUAGAACUUGUGAUCUGAAUUGCACAGUUAUAGUAAAUUGAAGAUUAAUGCAUGCUCUAUAUCUUGAUUCUCUCUUGGUAAUAGUUAUUCAAAGUCACCCUUGUCAAAAGUGUAACUUGUAUUCUUACAAGAAAAGAAAUGGGGAAUAAAAAUAAAUGUAAUUUUGUAUUUUUUUUUAUUUGCAGAAUUUUGUAUAGCUAAUCUAUUAUCAAAUUUAAACAUGUAUCUUCUGGUCGAGAUAAAUAGAUAAUUACUAUUUUUUAGUGGGAA